AUGUGCCAACGUUGCAUUGCCAAUACAGAGUUUUCACCUUUUAGAAGGAAGAAAGGAUUCUGCAAUAACUGUCUGAAGCUUGCACUACUUGUAGAAGAUAACAUGGAUGUUGACUCUGAUGGGGAGACGGUGGACUUCAAAGAUCGUGAAACAUAUGAGUGUCUGUUCAUGGAAUAUUAUGAAAUCAUCAAGAGGGAGGAAGGUCUCUCUGCAGAAGAUCUCCGUUCUGCAAAGGCUCAAUUGAAGAUGUCAGAGAACUACAACUCCAGCUCCGAGUCAGAUGAAUAUGACCAAGAUGAAGAAAGUCCACUGGUUUUUGAUGAAGACUAUAUGGAUGAUAUAGAAGAGCACAAGCCAAAUCAUAAAAGGAAGAGAUACAAGGCACAGCAAUCCACGAUGAAAAUAAAGGUCAAACCAAAUAGAAAAGAAUUUAUUGGUUGGGGGUCAAAACCUCUCAUACAAUUUCUUGCGUCGAUUGGUAAAGACACAAGUGAAAAAUUAUCUCAAGAUGAUGUUACUACUAUCAUAAAUGGAUACAUUAGGGAAAACAAGCUUUUCCACCCAAAGAAAAAGAAAAAGAUUGAAUGUGAUGCUAGGCUACGGACUGUUUUAGGACGGAAAAUGGUGAACAAACAUAGAAUAUAUGACAUUUUAGAAGCCCAUCUUGCCGAGAACCAGGAACUGUCAGAGGAGGAUGGACCCGGAUACAAUUCUGAAGACAAGAAUGACGUCUUCAUAGCCUGUAAAAGUCAUAGGAAGUCAGCUAUGGAGAGAAAAAUCCAGAAAGAGGUGGUGGAAUUCAAAGUCCCACAAAGCUGUUUUGCAUCAAUUGUUGCUGAAAACCUUAAGCUUGUCUACUUGAGGAGGAGUUUAGUGCAUGUACUAUUGAAGCAACCUGAAACCUUUGAAAGCAAGAUAGUGGGAAGCUUUGUGAGAGUCAAGUCAGAUCCAAAUAAUUACUUUCAGAGAAACUCUCAUGAGCUCGUGCAAGUCACAGGUUGGUCUUGA